GCCUAGCUGUCCCGGGCUGAAGGAAUCAGCCGAUGGAUCCAAGUACACUCUACUUGAUGUUUGAGUAGUGAGCAGAUCAACCUAAUCAACACACUUAUUACAAAGCAUGGCUGUUUAACCGGUCUCCACCUGGUCCACAACUACAUUGCCGCCAUUGCAGCCAGGCUGCACAAUAUUACCAGACACCAUUGCCGGGCAUGACAAAGGGUCGGGCACCCAGAGAUCUGCACUGACCUCUCCUCCGCAUCGGUUUGCCAUGAGUCGGGAGAUCAGUGAGAUUGAAGGGGACCCGCAACCGUCCAACGGGAAUGGACAGCAGGGUCAAAAUCUUAGGAAUGGUCCCUCGAAGACCAACGGCACAGUUGAGGUUGCAGGAGGGGAUCCAAGUAGGGUGGUAGGAGGGGCACGUCCCAAGGUUCGUUCACUGGUCUUGAAAUCCUCUUCACCCGUGUCGUUGCCCAAUGGGAUUUUGCCCUUGGGUGAGAGACGCAAUGGUUCCUCUGGAGCGGAUCUGGAGAGCCAAGGAGGCAAUGCCAGUGAUGGCAAUGACGACACGUUCGUAUACCGCUACAAAGGUGGCACAGGAGAUGGGAUUGGGGUUGGUAGUUAUGCGGCAGAUCUGCCCAAGUCGUUUUACACUCUGGACGUGGGGAGUGACAGUGAGCCGGGAUCAUACACACCGUCUUUGCCCGGGGUAACGGGUGCGGGACAGUCGAAUUUAAGCACAGAGUUGGCCGCACUGAUUCAGAGUGAAAUGGCUUGUGAGGAAGACCAGCGACGACUACGACAGAGGGCGCCCAAUGGAAGUGUCUUGAUCAAUGGAAGACGACCCAAUUCGCCAGAGAUGAUGGACUUCCUGGAGAUGGAUUUUGACGGUGGAUCUCAAAGUGAUUCCGACUCGAGAGAUAGUGGCCAAGGCGGGACGGAAACCAACAGCCUGUUAGAUGCAAUUCUGUAUGAUCCGGACGAUUUUGAACCGGGUGAGUCACGCCUCGAGAGCAUUCAAUUGCGACGGGGGAACUUGCCACUAGAGGAAUCCGCGGCCAACGGGCUUGACACCGCCGAAGCGACCUCUGAACAAGUACCUGCGCCCGCUCUUCUGCGUACUUCACAUGCGGGGAUUGUGGCAAGUUCGUCUGGUGUGACUUCGGCUCCGGCAGUCACCCCAGUCACUCCAGUCACGGAGCAACUGGCUCCCAUGGUCAGAUCAACGAGCUUGAAUUCUCCUUUGGCGUCUGCGACCAUCAGACCUGCCAGCUCUGGGCCUCUCGUGUUCUUAAAGUCCAAUUGCAUGGCGUGCACCAAGGCUGAUACGGGCAGUCUUCCAGCGAUUCAAGGACCUCAAUUGAAUUCAACAGAAAACCCGGAAGUGAAUCGAGUCGUGUGUGGUGCCAAGCUCCUUCAGCGUGAAAACUUCAUUUUCAGUCAGGCCCUUGGAAGCCCUCAAACCAAGUCGGUCUUCCUAACACCCGAGUCGAGAAACCCGAGUGAACCAUCCACUUAUCAGGCUGAGCCCCUCAUGGACAAAGUGAUGAUCUGGUCAGAAUCUGAGGCGUGCAAGCGACAAGUCUCUCAGAUUGGAAAAUCGGCCUGUGGUGCAACGUCCUUAAUCAAUGUUCUUCUAGCCCUUAACCAUCCGUUUUGUGUCGAUGACGUUAGUGCCAGCAUCAAGACCAGACUUCGAGCAGAAGGUGCGUCCUUGCCGCGAUAUCUAUUCUCCAGAUCCAAUGCUGGAGCCACUCACGAGGAUCUAAUGGAAGCCAUGAAAUCACUGUCUCAAGGUGAAGUGUGUUCCAGGUUCUUUCACUUGUUUCCAAGACGAAAGUUAUCUUUGUGCUCUUGGCUGUCGAAAUGGGUUCAAAAAGGUGCGGUUCCUGUGUUAACUUUGAACUGUCAACGUGAUACUUUUUUACCCGGCCAAACCAUUCCCGAUGCGUGGCAUCACCAAAUGGUCUUUGGUGUCGGCCCGAAAGGAAUUUAUUGUACGAAUCCCUUGGAAUGUGUUUCCGAAUCCAAUGCCAUGGAACAACUUUCCAGCCCCUCGGUGCUGUUGGUGCGCAGGAAGGACAUUGUCACGAGAUUUGACGAUUCUUGCGAUCUGGCCGAGUUUACCACCCACGAUGACGACAUGUGGGACAACUUCAAUGUGCUGGGUCAAGUUGUCAAUGUCCUCCGAGAGCAUCAAACCUUCGUAAGUGACCCUCAGAGCCAACUGGAGCUGACCCAACAUAUCAAGAUACCCGCAGCAUAUAAGUCGGGAGUGACCUUGUUCAUGAAGAGGGCCAACGAACACGUCCAAGAGCUUUUGACUUGCCCGGAUUUGGAGUUACUUCAAUCGUGACCGUGGCAGCCGGAAUGCAUCCAAGUGCUGUCCUUCUCGUUAUUGUGAUUUUGAUAAAUGGCCUGCUUUUGUAUGAAACUGGAACACUUGAAUCGGUUGAAGGAAAAAAAAACGGAAUAUGAUAUAUGAACGGAAUCAAAACCUCUCUCAUCAAAAUGGAUAUUUUUAUUGACGAUUAAAGUGGUUUGCAAUGUUAACAAAACAAAA